UAACCGUGGUGUCGUCAACGCCGGCCUUUCCUUGAGUUGAUUGUAUUUAUAGAACUAUGUGAAACAACUUCUCACAAAAUACCGGUUGCGUUUCCGCGGCUCUUAUCAUCGUCAUUUCGAACAAAACCUGCCACCACGGAGUUUCGUGCGAUGCUGUAGUGUUUUUAGGUUUAGCCUGCAGCAUUUCUUUGGUUGAUCUUCUCAGUGUGGAGACAUCAAGUGCAUCUCAGUUUACACCAGCAAAGAAUUGUCAACAAGUCAACAAAAUGAGCAAAUACGCCUGGGUGACUUUAGCGACCAAUGAUUCCUACUCCCUUGGAGCUCUUGUUGUAGCUCACUCGCUAAAGCGAGUUCAUACUGAGCAUCAAACAGCUGUGCUCAUUACGCCAGGUGUAUCGGAAUCAAUGAAAACAAAGCUACGCGCUGUAUUUAAUGUUGUAGAAGAGGUUAAUCUACUGGAUUCAAAAGAUGAAGCAAAUCUUGCGCUUCUUAAGCGACCAGAGCUGGGUGUUACUUUCACCAAAUUACACUGUUGGCGCCUUACACAAUUCGAGAAAUGUGUUUUCCUCGAUGCUGAUACGCUGGUUUUGCGCAACUGUGAUGAGCUUUUCGAACGAGAAGAGCUAUCGGCUGCACCUGACAUUGGCUGGCCGGAUUGUUUCAAUUCAGGCGUGUAUGUGUACACCCCAAAUAUGGAAACAUUCUCUAGCUUGGUUCAGUACGCUGUCACUCACGGUAGUUUCGAUGGCGGGGAUCAAGGAUUGCUGAAUUCAUACUUCUCUGAUUGGGCUCACAAGGACAUCCAGAAGCACUUGCCCUUCAUUUACAACACGUCUUCGGUGGCGACGUACUCUUACUUGCCUGCAUUUAAACAGUUUGGACAAAACACAAAAAUUCUUCAUUUCAUCGGUGUUGCUAAGCCAUGGCUGCAGAACUUUAACUCUGAAACACGAAAAGUUUAUGUUCCUUCCGAAUGUCAGCAUCUAGCCAACUUUCUUCAGUACUGGUGGGACAUUUUUGCUGAAGAUGUUCAUUCACGGCUAAGUCCGGAUAUGCAACAAGCUUUAAAACACUGGAUGAAGCCUUUAAGCAAGGUUAGUGCUAAUCAAUAUCGUUCCACCAGUUCGGGAACGAUCUAUGUAACUAAUGAGACCGACAUCGAUAAUCAGAUGUUAUGUUGGCAAAAUGAACAAAACCAUCAAUCGCAGCAACAGCAAAGAGACGGUUACGUUCCUUCAUAUGAUCCACAAAUGGUAUAUACAGAUCCCUGGGAGGAUUAUCUGCAAAGACAAGAGCAUGCAAAAAAUAUGAGAAAACAAGAAGAAGAGCGGCUAUACUUCCUAUAUUUAGAUCAACUACGUGUUCAAGAACAUGAAAGCCGCCAAGAGUAUGAAUCAUCUCUUGUAAACACAAAGAGUCACCAUGAACAGUCAUAUCAUGUACAUCAUGAUCAACAUGUUUCCCAACAUCAGAAUCUUCACCAAGGUACUGAUGAGGGUCAUGAUGAACAUCGCCAUGAAGUUCAUUAUGAUACAAAUGCCUUCCAGCGUACAGAUCAAUGGGUCGAUAAAAUGAUACAACAACACGAAGCAAAUAUAGGUCACUGGGAAAAAGCUCCUAGCAAAGUAUAUGAGGUUCAGGAACGAGAGCCAUUCAGCUUCAAUACUGUGGACCCGACCGGUUAUCAAUUGAACAACAAAUUAAAUCCACAAGACUCAGCUGGUGAUAGAAGCACUUCCGUUAAGGAUAGUACUGAAACUAUCACAGUAGAAGAAAUCAAAACGGUUGCUUUAACCUCCCAACAACAAACAUCAUGUCCCGACCUGUACGAACCAGCCGAAUGCCAAGCAAAUGUUGAUGGUGGUAAAAAUGGGGAAGGGGAUGGGAGUGGUAUUGCUGGGGCAUUGGCUCAGUUGCAUCUUGGCGAAGCGAAAUCUAAGGAACAAGAAGCCUACGAAGAGCAUAUGAGACGUCAAUGCUGGGAAACAGGCAACAUCGAUUAUAUGGGUCGGGACUCUUUUGACAACAUUUGGAAACGCAUUCAACAAACCAUAAACACCGGCUCAUGCAUGGAAGAAUCAUCCGAGGCUUCCGUUGCGCAAACUACUGCACCUGGUACAACACAACGCGCAAGCCGCCGCCCAUCACGUUCGCGAUCGGCAACUCCGAAAAGAGAUCCGAAAGACCGCUCUCCAACGCCACAACCAGAAGAGAAAAUAUCUGUUGAUAAAAAGGAAGGUUACCAACAAAUUAUAACGACCAAGAGUCCAGAAGGAAAAACUCGAACGCACACGAAGCUGGUCUACGAUCCCUCGGUCGAAGAUGAUGAAACUAAAGAGGAGGCGAAUGUGCCACUUACUACACCCACAGUAGCCUCGAACCAGGACGUAGUAGAUGGUACUGUGAUGCAGAAGGCGACCGUAAAUACUCCUCCAGUAUCGUCGAAGCAAAAGAUAACGACGGCAGCUGCUGAAGGUGGCAUGAAGGAAAUGUCUUCAACAAAAACUGCAAUGCAGGCAUCGAAUAUCACUCCUGGAAUUAAAAAAGAUGCCAAUGUUUCUCAGUCGCCGAUGCCAAAAUCUGCAUCAAACCCCACGGCUCCAUCCUCAGCCCAACAGCCUCAACAGCAGGUGGCACAGGAAUCGCUUGCAGGUAAAACGAACGCAUUCUUCGAAACACAGCAACCGGUCAAAGCAUUGCGUAAAAAAAGACACAUUUCUCCACCACCGCAACCACUGCCUACUACAAACGCGACGUCCAACAAUCAAGCCUCAGGAAAAGCAUCAACUUCAUCUUCGCCAUUAUCAUCAUCAUCGUCAUCUGCAACGAACGCUUUGCACCGUGGGCUGCCGGCUAAUCCAAAGGCUUCCGUAACUACAGCUAUUUUGCCAUCUGUCGUAUCGCAUCCAUCAAUAGCAUCCUCUAGCAAGGCAGAAGCGAGCAACACACAGAACACUCUCAACACACGCACUUUUCUAAAUAAUCAAAAAGAUGAAUCGGCUCUAACACUGCCAUUACUUGAGAAGACUUCAACACCCGCGUCACAGUCAUCACCGUCAACCAAGAGUUCCACUGAAACGAAACCAAACCACACCGCCGUCGAAGGUUCUAAAGUUGGUUCGCCUCCAGUGCCUCCACGUCGUAAGCGUGAAUCAAGAACUGCAAAAAUAGGUAAAAUUUAAUAGCCACGUCUUUCUAUGAACGUGUUCGUUUCUUCAUCAAAUCCUAGUUCAUCGAGCGGAAACACACAAGCGGUAAACAAAAAUUGAACAAUUGCAACUUGGGCUUCGUUACAAAUAAUAAUCCCUUAUUGGGAAUAGAACAUCGAUACACAAUACAACGAUUCCGUCAAUAAUCGGUUUCGAUGCUAUGAUGAUUAUCCAGAUUUAAGUCAACUUUCCUUCUAACCCGCUUUAAUAGCUUCGGUGAUUGCAUCUUUUAUCUUUAAAAAGCAUUCAAAUUCAAUUUGUUUGAAAGGGAUCGUUUUUUUUUUUUCAUUUCCAUCGCCACUACAAUAAUUGGCAAUCUACUAAUCCUGACCAAACCUGAGCCUUACCGAGACUUUGACCCAUAGUGGGAUAGUCCACGUCCACGGCAUCUCCUUAUUGUUAUUGGUGGGUCGGUCCUAUGCGUAUAUGGAACUAGGAUGGACGUUUUGUUGAGUCAUACGUUUAACGACUACACUUCUCAAGGACUGUGCCGAAAUUUGUCAAUUCAGUAUUUCACAAAGUCACUCACCUCGACAACCACACUAGACGGACAAAAAGCAAUACAGCAACUGUCUGUGUUUAGCUAUUGAACUUUGGUUUGAAUGCAAAACGUCUAAUGAUUCAUUUUCAAGAUACAAGACAAUUUUCAUUUCAAGUUUAAAAAUUCACAAUUCACAUGCUAUUGCUUUCGUCGCACAAAGCUACACUUGAGACAUUUGAUCAAACUGUUUACUUAAAACAAAUCUACAUCUACAUUGCAAAUCGCAAUUGUUUGCAUUACCGUACGCGUUUAUUGUAUAACCGCACAAACCCCUUGUUUUUUUUUUCAAAAUUGUACGUCACAGCUAACACGUAAACGGACUCAAUUGCAAACAUCCUUUGGACACUUUCAUCAAUGUUCUAAGAUUGUUCUAAUAAAGCUCAAUUUGUGUAUUAUAUAGUCAAAGUUAUUAUUCAUUACAUUGAAUAACCCGAUCCGUUUCAUGUUGCGUACCUGUAGGUCGAUGCCAUGUUUUCUCUAUCAGAAUGUUGUUCGUUGGUUUCGUUCUCAAAAACCUAGCACUAGCCUAGAACGUGAUUACACAAAAUUAUGUUUUGUUCGUCUAUCAAUCGCCUGCUUGCCAUACCAGCAUUUUAUGAUUUUUAUAAUGGAAUUUGAGUUAUAAUCUAUCUUAUUCUCUUGUUCUCUUCUCUUUUCUUUCUUUUGUGUAAUUGUUUGACCUUAAACGUCCUUAUGUGUAACACUUCUGUUAACGUGACGUACAAACCUUUCAUGUCUGUUCAUAUUAUCAUAUUAUUGUGGUUUCAAAAUGUGGUUUGUCACACAAUAAAUGGCUCUAACGGCUCUAACAGCAAAAGCGAAAAAAUCGAAAAUAUAUCAAUUGUUACUAUCUUGUAUUUCUUGCACGAAGAAAAAGCGUUGAUAGAAUUUCAUUUGAAAAUAACGUAUGAUGCUAUCGUUAUUAAUAUGUCAAUUAUCAAAAUGGACUCAAAUAUCGAAAAAUAUAUUAUUUACAUUUUGAAAAACUACAACAAAACGAAUGUUUCGUACAGUUUCGUAUAAGCGAAUCAAAAAAAAAUACAUAUCUUGUAAAGUCGUCAACUCUUAUUCCUGUAACAACAAACAAUAUCCAUAUGUUAGGUAUCAUUUCCUUCCACCAUGAAUAUUACAUACAGGUAGCUGAAACAUAAAUUUGACCAGAUCACAUUGUCUUUUGUUACAACCCAUCUCAAUAUCACUGGAUAAUCCUGAUUUCGAUAACUCUCCUUUUUCCUUUCCCAUUUUUAUUCCCACCAGCACGGCUCAUUCGAACGUUCUGCACUAUCUUGUGAGGCCACAAGGCUUGGUAUAAAAUUAUUCACCCACCAACCCGUGCCCGUAGCCUGUUGUAAUUCUUCAAUGAUUCUAAAAGUUUACUAUAGAUGGAUGGUAACAGCUUACAGUGCAUUGUUCAAAUGAACGAACGUUUGUCUUUGCACGGGCAUACGUAUGAUGUGGCCUAUUAAAAUUGUUCUAUCCAUCCUUAUUGCACUGGCCGUUUUUCGAUGCAUUUUUGUUGCUACUGAACUAUAUGCAACUAUUUUAAUGAAUGAAUGUUUUAUUUCCAACUAACAUGCCGAACUUGCAAAACUAUUUGGUAGUUCAUGAAUGUGCUUCUUCUGUUCUAUUUUUUUGAAAUAAACUGUUGUGUACACUUACA